AUGCAGUACCUGACUGCCCUUUCCGCUCUUGUCGGUCUCGCGCUAGCCGCUGGCCGCACAUCUGCUCCCGAUGGCGCACUGGUCGUCGGCUCCGGCGCCGACUAUACCACGAUCCAAGACGCAGUCAAUGCCCUGUCCACUUCGUCUUCCGACGAGCAGAGCAUCUUCAUCCAGGCCGGUACCUACAAGGAGCAAGUCUACAUCAAGGCGCUGAGUGGGCCUCUCACGAUCUACGGCUACACCACCGACACCUCCUCAUAUGCCAACAACAACGUCACCAUCACCUACGGCCUCGGCCUGUCCGAUGUCGACAACGACGACGAGACCGCCACCCUGCGAGUCUGGACCAGCGACUUCAAAUUAUACAAUGUCAAUGUCGAGAAUUCCUAUGGCGAAGGAAGCCAGGCAUUGGCCCUCUCCGCCAACGCAAAAGUAAGUGUUCCGUCAAGAGUCAAAUCGUCUGGAAGUUGUAAUGCCCUUGGCGCUAACACAAGACCUUAGAACCAAGGCUACUACGCUUGCAAAUUCCUCGGGUACAUCCAUCCCCAUCCCCAUCUCUCCCUCCCUCCCUUCUCUCUCUGAUCUUCAUGAAUUCAUCCCAAUUGUUAACUGACGCAACAUUUCAGCUUCCAAGACACCAUCCUCGCCAACACGGGCGCCCAGCUCUACGCCAAAUCCUACAUCUCCGGCGCCACCGACUUCAUCUUCGGCCUCUACGCCGCCGCCUGGUUCGAACAGGUCGACCUGCGCCUCCUCUCCGCCUCCCUGGGCUACAUCACCGCCUCCGGCCGCUCCUCCGCCGACAAUUCCUACUACGUCAUCAACAACUCCACCGUCGCGGCCGCCUCGGGCGAGGCCGUCGACAGCGGCGCUUUCUACCUCGGCCGCCCCUGGAGAGACUAUGCCCGCGUCGUGUUCCAGGAUACCAGCAUGACGGACGUGAUCAAUUCGGCGGGCUGGGCGGAGUGGAGUACGAGUGAGCCGAACACGGAUCAUGUCACCUUUGCCGAGUACGGGAAUACCGGAGCCGGGAGCAAAGGGACGCGGGCGAGUUUCGCUACAACACUGAGCGAGCCGGUUGCCAUCUCGGAUGUGCUGGGCAGUAAUUAUACCAGCGCCAGCUGGGUCGACACGGCUUACAUGGCUUGA